ACUAAUUGUCGCCUAAAAUGUUACUUUUGAUUUGUAGAGCGACUGCUCAAAAUUUCAUGCAUGUCCGGAGAUUCCCUGUUAAAAGUUUACAACGUUGUUACUCUUUGAACCCUAUUUUAAAAUUAGAUGAAUAUUCGCAAUGCAAUUCGCCCGAAAUGCUCGAAAGUAUGAAACGGAGGAAUAUAACGCUCGAUUUGUCUAAUUUGAAAGCUUUGACUCAAAGGUAUCAAGAUUUGAAUGAGAAAAAGGCCAAAAUUGAAAUUGCAAGAGGUAAAAUUAGCGAAGAAAUAAUUCAAUUGAACGAGGUAGAUUGCGAGGAAAGAAAAUCUAGUUUGAACAGCACGGCAAAAAUUUUGAGAAAAGAUUAUAAAAUGCUAAAGUCUAUUAUUGAACAAAUAGAAGCACAAUUAUUUUCAUUUUCACUCAAACUACCAAAUUUAAUAGACAAUAAAACUUUAGAUAAUGAAGUUGAAUUAUUUUCUUCUCCUUUUGAACAGAAAGAAAGUGAUAGUCAUUUAAAUAUCGGACAUCAGUUAGACAUUUUGGAAUUUUUAUCGCCGAUGCAAUAUUUUUUAAAGAAAGGUGGCGGCUUGCUUGAAAUUUCAAUUCUGAACUAUUUCACCAGCAGACUGAUUCAAAAUAAAUUCACGCCGUUUUCAAAUCCAGAUUCUUGUCGUAGUAUCAUUAAAGAACUUUCAUGUGAAAAUAUAAUCUCAUUGGGAAAAUUGACCGAUAGUGAUUUUUUGUAUUUACACGGUGCGGCUUCAUUUAUACCGUUUUUAAGUUACUUCUACAGAUCGGUUAUAAGUGGAGAAUUACCAAUACGCCUUGUAAGUCAAGGAAGGAAAUACAGUCCUAAAAGUAAGAACGAAGGCUUGUACACAGUCCAUCAGAAAAGUGCAGUACAAAUCUUCAUAAUUGGUUGUAACGAAACGAUAAACUUAGAAUUUGAAAAUCUAAUUAAUUACAUAACAGAAAUUUAUCAAAGUUUAGAAGUCCCAUUUAGAAUUUCAUAUUGCUCAGCAUCAAAUUUAUCACCGUCGGAAAGUCUCCGGGCUGAUAUUGAAGUUUACUCUGGACAUUACAAGAAAUUUAAAAGUGUCGGUCAUGUAUCGCUCUACAAUGAUUAUUUCAGCAAAAGAUCGAAAAUGUAUUAUAGUAAAGGCAAUACAACUUACUAUACCCAUCUAAUAUCGGGCACAAUUGUCGAAAUUCCACCUCUUAUAGCAAGUGUUAUUGAGCACACACAAAAUUGUGAAUUACCAAUAUGUAUAACAAGAUGUUAAAUAUAAUUGUUUUUUUAUUCACGAA